UACAAAACUUAUGUAGGCUUUUAAGAAAACAAUUAUUGCUAGAAAAAAAAGUUCAUCAUCUUACUUUCACAUAACAGGCGGAGUUGUAAAGAUUGUACUAAGAAACUAAGUGUGCUUUAGUGUUUAUUAUGAUUUAUAAAUGAUUUUGCUUGUGAUUAGAUUUAUAUCAUUUAUUUUUAAUAAAAUGUCUCGAGUUUUGUAUUCGAUAAACCUACGUAAUCAAAAGUUUUUAUAGUUGUUUAAAAACUACAGUAAAUAUAAGAAGUCUAAUAUAGGCUUGUUAGGCUUCCUAAAGUGUAAAGUUAAUGCUCAGUGACUGAAGUAAUAUCUAGUGACGAAUGUGUACUGACUUAACGAACUUCAUAUAGUUGUGUUCAAAGUUUAAAACAAGGAGUAGAAAUAAUAUUAACUCAAGAUGGACUUGGACCCUGUCAAAAAAUAUCGGAUUUUUCUCAUAGUAUGCUGUGCUAAUCUGGGAAGCUUUUCCGUUGGAAUCUACGUUGGAUGGACUUCACCAGUUAUACCAAAAUUACGAGCUAACAGUGCUGACAGUCCAUUGAAUUUUGGCGUAAGUACAGCACAGGAAGGUUGGAUUGGUGCGUUAGUAUCAAUUGGUGCCUUUCUUGUUAAGGUGUCAAAAAUUUGCACAUCAGCACAGGAAGGUUGGAUUGGUGCGUUAGUAUCAAUUGGUGCCUUUCUUGGUGCACUAACAGCGGGACUGAUCGCAUCCAAAUUUGGAAGAAAAUUUACUCUUUUGUCAAGUUCAUUAUUUUUCAUUUCCUCAUACAUGUGUCUGAUAAUUGGUAGAAGUAUCGGGGUCAUUUACGUUGCAAGAAUACUUCAGGGAUUGGGAGGCGGAAUCGUAACAACAUUGACUCCUAUGUAUAUUGGUGAAAUAGCAACUGAUGACUUUCGAGGAGCUUUAGGGUCAUUGAUAUUACUCUUCAUGAGUUGUGGCCUCGUUUUCGUAUACAGUAUUGGUCCAUAUGUCAGUUUUAUGACAUUGCAAUGGAUUUGUAUUUCGAUUCCGGUUCUAUUUUUCGGAACUUUUUGCUUCAUGCCAGAGACUCCAUAUUACUAUGCCAUGAAAAAUCGAACAGCAGAUGGAAUAAGAUCGCUUCGAUACCUCCGUGGACAAAACUCGAAAACUACUGAAAUCACAAUGGAACACAUUCAAAAUGAAGUCGACAAGUCAAUGUUGAAUAAGGGAAGCAUUGCAGAUAUAUUCCGAAAUCGUGCCUACAGAAAGGCUCUUCUAAUCGGAUCUGGACUUUUGAUUUUCCAACAACUAAGUGGCACUAAAGCUGUACUCGUAAAUAGUCAAUCGAUUUUCACCAGUGCCAAUUCGAGUCUUGAUCCUGCCAUUGCCACUAUUAUCGUUGGCUUGUGCCAACUCGUUUCGAAUCUGCUAACUCCAUAUGUUGUCGAACGAGCUGGAAGGAAAAUUGUUCUGCUGAUCUCAUCGUGUGGAAUGUGUUUGACACUUGUGAUAUUAGGAACGUUCUUUUAUAUUCAAAAACAUGGUGAUGUUUCGUAUAUCCUCUGGCUUCCAAUUCCGACUCUGAUUGGCUUCAAUUUACUUUUUGGCUUUGGAUUUGGCCCUAUUCCGUGGGCAGUGUUGGGCGAAAUGUUUCCAUCGAAUAUCAAGUCAAGUGCUACAACAAUCACUUGUUCGUUAACUUGGUUGACAAGUUUUGCUGUGGUGCGAUGGUUUCCGGAACUAAAUGCGUUGGGACCAUAUUAUGCGUUUUGGUUAUUUUCGAUAAUGUGCGGAUUGGCGUUUUUCUUUGUGUUGUUUGUAGUUAUCGAAACCAAAGGAAUUAGUUUGCAGAAGAUUCAAGAAAAAUUACAGGCGUGAAUUGAGUUUUGUAUGAAUAAAGUAAGAAACGUAGAAUGUACUUUUAAAAAAAUA